GUAAUGUUGAGUGUUGGGAGACAGAUGUCAAUUAAAUUGAUUGCCGUAUUUCUUUCACAUUUUCGCAAGUCGUCAACUUCUUUGGAUUUUUUUACCAUUUAACGUAAGAAGGGAAAGUACAAACUCAUUUUGGGACUUAUUUACUUGGUUGAUGGAGCAUUGAUUGAAUAAUGGAAUUGUCUGAUGCGGAGGCUGAAUGGAGUGAGGAGGAAGUUACUGGAGAAAUCCAUUCUGACAAUGAGCAUGCUUCUACUGGAGAUGAUCAGGAGGAUGAGUUAGUAUCAAGUGAAGAGAGUCAAGAGGAGGACGAUGAUGAGGAUGAGGAGGAGGAGGAGGAGACAGAGGUUGAAGUCAAUAUUGACCAUACAGAUUUCAUCCUAGACAGUAUUGACAAAGAAUUGAAUGCACUUAUUAACAAGACAUAUCCAACUGACCAAUCAAAUGGGCAGAAUGGACAUGGGUUGACCCAGUCACCAUCAGUAAUGCAAAAAGAUAAUGCCAAGGGCAGAAAGAGAAAAGGUGGUAAAAAACGCUCGUCUCUUGAUGGUACCAAUGACACUGAGUUGGGCUCAGGUGUGGAAGAUGCCACUAUUACAGAUAAAGAAAGUUCCCGAAGAAGGGCUAUGGAAGUUGCGGAGCAACUGCUUCAGGAAGUAAAUGCAACAGAUUCUGGAAAUCAAGAAAUGGUCUUCAAAAAGUCAAAACCAAUGAAAGUCAAAGGCAAAAAUGGAAAAAUAAACAAAUCUAAGAAAGGAAAGAAAGGUGAUAGUGACACCAACACAAAACAGGAUAAUUUAUUUCAAGCAUCAAUUGAUGAUGAAAAACUAAGCCAGGGUCCACGAUUUGACAGUUCUAAUGUCAUUACCACUAGUAGCAGGAACGAGUCACAUCGGAGGAGAAAGAAGGUUCGGAAUAUGCCAACCAAAAAAAGGAAUAGUUCUGCUAAGAAUAAAUCAGAAAUUUCUGUCAAACCGUUGAGGACUACUGGGGCAUCCUCAGAUGGCAGGUCUGAAAAUGCUUCUGCAGGUGAUGGGGAUUACAUUGAAGGUGUGUUUGUGCAGUCUUCAGACAGAGAUAAAGAGGAUGAGACUGAUGAUGUCAGUUAUUUUAAUGAUGAAGGUGAAGAGUCUCUUCAUCAGUCACAUACAGACUUUUCUAGGUUUGAUGGAGAAGAAAGUUUAACCUCAGAUGAUCAGACUUUAGAGGAUGAGGAAGUAGAAGAUGCAGAAGAAGAGGAAACAUAUGAUGAGGAGGAUGAAGAGAUGCAUCACAUAAAUCACAAAACAUCAUCUCUCCACAAUGACCCUCAUCAUUAUAAAGAAUAUCCACAAUUCAAAUUAAUAUUGGAAAAAGAGAAUGACAUUGAUUCCAUGGCAACAGAGGACAUUGUUCAUGAACUGGAUAUAAGUUUUGGCCCUAAACUUCACCCUCCACUUUCACCAACUCCAAGAUCUUCUUACGUUUACAAAGGAACAUCUACAGACAACUCACCUCGUUCAAUCAAACAAGCAACCCAGAAGAAGCCUCGUAAAAAGAAGACACUCAAGCAGAAGGCAUCCAAGAAAAUGGUUGACAGCAAUGUUGGCAGUGGUGUUGGCAGUGAUGUUUCUAGUGGGUUACCAGAAUACAUGUACAUACGCAGGCCAGUUGGUGAGUCUGAUAUUGGCUCUGACUCCAACUACACUGAACAUUACGAACCCCUCUUCUGCGCAUCUCUGGUGUACACGGGCGAAGGAUUUAAACCAGGUCUGCUGCCAAGAAAAGUAGUACCAAAUGGGUAUAUACCAAGUGAUGUAGAAUCUGUUCAGACCGAAGAUUUUGAACGGCGUUUUCGUCACAUGAUGGUAAAGCAGGUGGCUGGCGUACCAAUCAUGAGCUUCGAUACGGUUACCAUUCCAAGCGAUCUGGAUUCCGUGAAGUCAGGUGAUGUCAGAGAAACAUUCCAGACUAUUCUAAAGAAAAAGAAAGGUUCUAAAAAUAGAUCUGUAGAUGACUUCUCUGAUCAAAGUGAUACAGCAUCAGAUAUUCCCAGGAAUUUCGAAGGCUCCUUUAAAGACAAAAGAGGAAAUGACUUGUUGGCGAAUGGAAGUGACGAAGACGUUAAUAAAGAUUGUAUGGAUCCAUCUAUGUUGCGCUACACCGGUGAUGUUAGAAAUGCUAAUGGAGAUGGUGUAAGGAGAGGAUUAUUGCACACAUCAAAUCAAGGUUUGGUACAUCCAGGAUCGACAAGGAGCGGUCUGAAAUUAGGUAGUCAGACGAGGCAGAAUUUUGUAUCUACUGUUCAAAAAUCAAGAUAUCCUCCCGGAAAGAAUAACAGUUUACGAGCAUUGGAGAAAAAGCACUCCAACAGAAGUCGGUCUUCAAGUGACUCAUUCAUCAACAUUAAGCAGGGUUUGGACAGUAGAUCGCUUGGACAUUCUGGAAGCAAAGGCAGGCCACAUGGGUGGAGUAAAUAUGAUGAGGUCAACAGAAGUAAGAAAAGCGCCCUCAAGAAACAGGGAAUCUCAGUACCAGGAAGGUUUCAUCAGAAAAAUGAGCUUCCGCCUUCUGAUGAAAUAUUACUUGAAGAAGAUGCAUUAACUUACCAAGUUUCUAGCCUCAAAAAUGAAUUGAAUGACAUCAAUAUGAAGAAAAAGAUUGCAUUGGGAGAAUUGAAGAUGUUAUUAGACUCUGUUCAUCAAAACAAGAACGAUAUAAAGAAAGCAGAUGAAGUUGUUCGUCAACAUUUAGAGAAAGCUGAUGCUGCAAGGUCAGAGCUAAUGGUUUUGGAAUUCCAACGAGACCAAGCACAACGUGAAUUGCGAGACGUGGAAGAGGAGACAGCCGCUAAGGGAAGGACCCUGCAAGAACUUGACAGAAGAUCCUCACAUAAUAGCCGGGAAGAUCUUAUGAAGUUAGGCCUCUCAACUGCUGAGAUUAUCGCUCUUGUUAAGGAACGGGAUGAGUUGAAAGAACGAGUUCGUCACAGUGAAGGAGGAAUGUCGGAAUUAGAAAGAACUGAGAUGCAGAGACAAUUAAGUCUCAGUAAACAAGAGCUAUUUGCUGAACAGAAAAAUUCCAGGGAGAAAAUUGACAAAUUUAAAGAGGAAUUAGAAGAACAGCAUCAUAAAGUGGAAGAACUUGAAUAUGAUCACGAAAAAGAAGUGAGGCAGUUUGAAGAGAAGGUUAAUGACCUGGAAAGCAAAGCGAUGAAGCAACUCACAGAGAAAAAUGACAUCAUAGAAAACCUGGAAAGGAACCAAAAGCAGGAGAUGAUAAAGAUGGAGAAAGCAUACACCAAAAAAGAGCAAGAGUGUAAUGCCCUGAAUAAAAUCGUCCAAGAGAAACAAGAAGUGUAUGAUGCACUAAGAGAAAAACUAUAUGGCCUCCAAGAAGAGCUUUCAAAGUCUAAUGAAACAAGAAACCAAAUUCUUCAAGAAAAAGAACAAGUUGAAAGAAAUAUUGAGAUUGAAAAACAAACAGCUUUACUGGAAUUGAGAGAUAAUUUAUUAAAGGAAAAAGAAGUUGAACUUGAGAAGUUGCAAAAAGAGAUGGACACAACGCGACAGCAAGUUGUCCGCCAUCAAGAGGAAACCUUUAGCAAACAAACUAACAAAUAUGAGGAAGAACUAAAGGAGAAAGUUUGUGAGAUUGAACUGUUAAAGGGUCGACUACAAGACCAGGAGAGCGCCACCAGAGGGCUUGGAGAGAAACUAAGGAAAGAGGCUCAUGACCAGAUUAAGAGUGCACUUAAAAAGGAACGGGAGAUCUGGGAAGGAGAAUCUAAGAGAACUUUAGAGAGGGAGAUACUGAAGAAGAAUGAGGAAGAAAGGUGGACAACAACGCAGUUGAAGGCAGAUGUUGCUAAGGAGAAACAGUUCUCCAGUCAGCUGCAGAUUGCUUUGAAUUCUCUUAAAGAAGAAUUGGACAAUCUCCGUCAGGAAAACCUUGCAAUGCACCGACAGAAAGUGGAAGCUGUGUCCAAAGUCAGAGAGGAAGCCCGUCACGAAAGGCACAAUGACCUGGAAAAGAUGAGGGAAGAACUUAAUCAGGAAAAGACAAAAGAACUAGAAAAGUUAAAAGAGUUGGAGAAAGAAAAAGAUGCAGAGAUAAAAAGACUGAAAGGGGAACUGCAACAAAAGAAAGAAAGAGAACGAGAAGUGUUAAGCGACUACGAGAGGAAUAAUCGAUCAAUCCUGGUGGAGUUGAAUGAUGAAUGCAAAAAAACUAGCAAUUUACUAGGAACAACGUCAAAGAAGAUUUUAGUAAGUAGCAAAUUUCAGAAGGGAACAGUAACUAAUGGCAGGACAUCAUCAAGUGGGUCAGAUGUUGAGAUGACGGGUAAAAUGCAGGUUUUGUCUGCGCUAGGCAACAUGAAAGGUUGCAACGAAGAUCUACGAAACAAAUUCCAAGAAUUAAAACAAAGCUUAGAGAAGCAGAAGCGCCUCAAUGUAAAGGCCAGCAAAGUGCGGGAAAAAGAGAAGAAAAGCAAAGACUCUUCGGGAAGUUCUUCUAGUUUACAAGCCAUGAAGGAGCGACUAGAAAUGGAACACAGUGAGGAAAUGGAGUCUCUGCAUCAAACUGUAAUGAAAUUGAAAGCGUCUGAAUCAGCUUUACAAGGAAGACUUGUAGAUAAAGACAGUGAGAUGAGACAAAUACAGAAAAGUAUGGGCCUAUGGAAGGAGGAAACUGCACUUAAAAUGGCUAAGAAAUUCGAAGAAGAAUUAAACAAAGAGUUGGACAUGAGGAUGCAGGAUUCAUUUGGACACCAUACACCAGUUAGGAGAUCUGCGAGCUCGGAUAGAAGCGCAAGUCCUCCAACACAGGACGCAAGUACUGUUAAGCUACUUCGACAUUUGCAGGAAAAAGUGAAGCUUCUACGUCAGGAGAACCUGUCCCUGAAACGUGGAAUGUACAGCUCCAGUCACAUGACAGCCGAUGAGUUAGACACUUCUAGAGAACUGUUGAGGAAGGAUCACAGCAUCCCAAAGCGUUCCCAUAGUUAUGGAAAACUUCCAUGAACAUUAACCGAUUUUGGAAUUUAAAAGAGCAAACCUGUUACAAGUACCUAGCAUUUCUCUAAAGAGCAGAAAGUUAUAUUAGCUUCCUUAACAAUGAUGAUGAUAACAAGCUACAAACUGGACAUGUGUAUGUAUGUGUAAUAUAUACACUUAACAUUACAGAUAUAUGCUACAGGUGUACUGCGCAAUGAUGAUGAAAAACACUGUACGUAACUGAACUGGUAAAACCACCCGGAAAUAGCUACUAAACAAGAUAGGCGCUGGAUUCAAUAUAUUAAUGGCAGAUGAAUAAUAAUGACUUAUGUAUUUUUAUAUAUUAUAAGCAUACAACUUAAUUACACCUUGAUUGUGGUAAAUAUGCAAUUAGAAAUAUCAGGUACUUCAGUAUGUUACUUUUUAUAAUGAAAUUUUUACUAUAUAAAUGCAAGUAAAGGACACGGAAUUGAGCCAAGUAGCCUUAAUUAAUUACUAACUAGCAUUAAUGACUAAUUAAUCUAAAUGUCACAUUGCAAAUAGCUAGCACCUUGAUUAGUAAAUGGUUUGUAGAGACUUGUUACCAUUUUUAUGAAUCAUAAAAAAGGAGUACUGUAUAUUUAUGAUGUUAUUUAUAUAAUUUAUAUGUUUUUUGAUUUAUUGGUACGUACUGUACGAGAUUCUGUGCAUGAAUACACAACAACACACAACAAAAUGAGAAAUAGGGCCUUCUUCCUACAGUGGAGUGAAAUAAGCUACAUAUAUAUUUACGAUGUAUAUAGAUUAUUAUUAUGUUACUAAAACCUACCUUAAGGGGACAAAAGAGAAAUUAUAGAACAAUUAAAAAAAUGACGUUAAAGGAAAAAUAACACAAAAGAUAUUCCCUUUAAUUCCA